AUGAAGGCUUCUCUCAAAGGCAAGUACGAUGCCGAUAAGACCACCGGAAUUGGUUCCCUCGCCUUUAACGCCGGCGAUCUUAAGCUACGUGCUACCAUGACCGAUGCUACCGUCGUCGCCGGCCCUAGCUUGAACGGUCUCUCUCUCGCCCUCGAGAAGCCUGGUUCCUUCAUCGUCGAGUACAACGUCCCUAAGAAGGAUGUUAGGUUUCAGUUCAUGAACACGGUUAGGAUUGCUGAGAAACCAUUGAAUUUGACUUACAUUCAUAGCAGACUAGAUAACCGGACAAUUGUCGAUGGGAGUCUCGCGAUUGAUCCUGCAAACAAACUUUCUGCUAAUCACAUGGUUGGCACUAACAACUGUAAGCUUAAGUACACUUACGUCCAUGGAGGGGUGGCUACGUUUGAGCCAUGCUACGACUUGGCCAAGAACACAUGGGAUUUUGCGGUUUCUCGAAGACUUUAUGGCGAUGACGUUGUCAAGGCAACUUAUCAGACGUCUAGUAAGAUGUUGGGUAUGGAAUGGUCGAGGAACUCCAAAUCAACUGGAUCUUUCAAGGUUUGUGCGUCUGUGAAUCUGGCAGAGGAAGUGAAAACGCCGAAAUUGACCGCAGAAACUACAUGGAACCUUGAAAUUUAA